AACACACGUUUUGUUUAUUUGCGCGGAAUUUUGAAUACAAUUAAUAUUAAAUAAUUAAUUAAUACUCAAAAUGAGUGCGAUAUCGAAAUAAACCAAAAAAACGAUAGGCAACAGUGGAAAAAAAAACGAAGCAAAUAGCAGUGUUUGUGUACUGUGUUGAUAGUGUGUGUGUGCGUUUGUUUGUGUGUGUCGAGUGAGUGCGUUAUAAAUAAAACGCCAAGAAGCUGCGUGCAAAAAGUAGACGCCAAGAAAAAUAAAGAAUGUGCCCAAACACCAGUGCAAGAAAAGAAACUGUUUUUAUGUUGAUUUUCGUUGUAUUUUUAAUACAUUUCUAAUUAUUUUUUAAUAAAGUAACGAAAGGCGAAAGUGCAUUUUUACAUGUAACGCUACUAAAGCUAAAUUUACAAAUAAACGUUUUUGAAACUUCGACCUGUAAACUUUAUUUGGAUUUAAGCAGAGGACACGUUCAACUUGCAACACGCUGUGUAAUGGAUGCAACAUCAAUAAUAACACAAGUUUCCCGCGAUGAUGAACAAUUGAAUGUCUAUCCAAGCGACAAAGGAGAAGAUGUGGAUCGUUUGAAGCCACAAAAACGGGGAAUUCUACAAUCGUUACUUUGCUGCUGGCGUCGAAAUCGAACGAAAACAAAUCAGAAUGGCACACAGAUCGAUGGUUCAACAACACCGCCACCCUUACCGGACCAACAAAGGUACCUACUACCUCAGGUUAGGCACUCCGAUAUGCAUAGAAAGUGCAUGGUCAUCGAUUUGGACGAAACUCUAGUGCACAGUAGUUUUAAGCCUAUACCUAAUGCCGAUUUCAUAGUGCCUGUAGAAAUCGACGGCACCAUUCAUCAGGUUUAUGUGCUAAAGCGACCGCAUGUCGACGAGUUUCUACAAAAGAUGGGUGAACUGUACGAGUGCGUUUUGUUUACAGCAUCACUAGCCAAAUACGCAGAUCCCGUUGCUGAUCUGCUAGACAAAUGGAAUGUGUUUCGUGCAAGACUCUUUAGGGAAUCAUGCGUUUAUUACAGGGGUAAUUACAUAAAGGAUCUAAAUCGUUUGGGAAGGGAUUUACAAAAGAUUGUCAUUGUUGAUAAUUCACCGGCCAGUUAUAUAUUUCAUCCCGAUAAUGCAGUUCCUGUCAAGUCCUGGUUCGACGAUGUCACCGACUGUGAACUGCGCGAGCUGAUACCGCUCUUUGAGAAGCUAAGCAAAGUUGAUUCCGUCUAUUCGGUGCUCUGCAAUUCGAACCAGCCGCUGAACAAUCAAACGCACGAGCUGCAGCAGUCGCCGCAGCAGCACCAGCAACAGCAGCAGCAGCAACAGCAACAGACCAUCUCUGCCACAACAGUUAUUACACAGGCGAGCACACUGUCUGCACCGACCAUGCUGAAUGCUGCACAACAGCAGCAGCCGCCGCAGCAGCAGCAGCAGCAGCAACUGCAGCUGUCCAGUCCGCCCAGCCCACAGAGCGAGCUGCUGCAAAAGACGUAACAUCAGUGGGAAUUAAUGUUUAUAAAUAUAUGAUAAAAUUUAUACAUAUUAUGAGACCAAGCAAAAGCAAACAAGCAAAGCCUGCAAAACAAUACAUAACCAUGCGCCGACACACACACACACACACACACACACACUCUACACCCUACAACCACACACGAACACACACACACGCCAACUACAAUAACAAUAAAAACAUUGCUACAUUUAUAUAAGAAAUGCAAACAAUCCUCUUUAUGGCAUUGCUAUGUAACCCUUCCUAGUAUAAGCUCAAGUUUUUAUUUUUUAAUACUAUUUACAAAGCACAUUUGUUAUUUAUUUUAUUUUUUUUUUUGGCUCUUUGCUUUGUUAUUUGUUUUUUACAUAUGUGCGUGCGUGUGUAAUUUUUAUAAACGAAAGCAAAGAUACGCCACGCUUACCCAUUGUACUGGGUAUUGUACCCACUUCUAAUAUUUAAAAGAAAAGCAAACAUACAUAAAUAUCUAUGUAUAACUAAUAAUCAUUGAACUUUUAUAUACACCAUAUAUAUAUAUAUAUACAUAUUUUAAGUGCGUAUAUUUAACAACAAAUAAGAGCAAGGGGAAAAACUAAGCAAGCUAAAAGAUAUAAAACAGCUAACAAAAAGAAAAACAAAAACAAAAAAAAACAAAAAUUAAAAGAAUAACUAUACAUAUGGGCAGAGAGAUAAAAUCAAAUUCAAAAUAGCAUAUAUUUAUAUAUAUAUUUUUUAUUAAAGCGAAAAACAAAAAAAAAACACAUACUUAAAGAAAAGAAAACAAUUUACGUGUACUACAAAAAAUUUAUAUAUACAUCUUAUAUAUAAUAAUGAUAUAUAUAUAUAUAUAUAUAUAUAUAUAUAUAGAUUAGGCGUAUGUAUACACCACUUUGCUUAAGCUAAGGCAUGUAUAAAGAUUUCGUAAAUUUAUAACCACGUUUAUGCGGUUGUUUCCUAUUCGUGAUUUUCCGUUAAAAGUCCAAAAAUUGUAAGAAACAUUUUCUGCCGCAUGGCUAAUCACGCAUACGAAGCUUGGCAUAAACGUAGUUUAAUUUAUAGCAUGCCCAACAAGGGCAAACAAAUACACACACACAAAUGCUACAAUUAUUUAAAUUUGUUUAGCAUCAAUUUAUAAACUAAAUACCAAUUGACUCGUAUGCCACUUGUUGGGCAUCCAAAGUCUGCGGCAUGAACGCAGUUAGCUGCUUAAAGGGCAAAAAAAAAAGGCUGCGCUUAUACGUCUUUCAAUAUCAUUUAUUCUCGAAUUCGCUAAUAACUUAAAAGCACAAUUAACGGUUUCUCACAUAAAUUCAAAAUAUGCACAAAACAUAUCCAUCAACUUAAAAUACAAAAUACAGACCGUGUUAGGGUAUCAAAUAAAAUUUGUGAGCUUUAGUUCCUCGAAUCAUGAAAAAAAAAACACAACAAUCAACCAAUUGAGAUUCUUGAUGUUGGGUAUGUGUAUAAACGCA